AUGGAGUUGCCAGUCAGACCCACGACUCUUGCAUCGCAGUGUUACCCGCCUUCGUCGGACUUUGGCCCGGAUCAUCGCCGUGUCCUCUCCGCACCGAGACCGCCUUUGCGCGAGUCCACUGGCAAUGCUCAGUAUCAUCACUUCCAACAACAGCACGAAGAGCAACAACGCCGACAACAACUGCAGCAACAACAACAACAAUUCGGUGCUCUGGUAAGAUCGACGUUUGCACAUCAUCAACUCUCCAUUCCUAGUUUACCCAUUAUCCCGACUCAGUCUCUCAGUUCCGGCUAUGGCCCUCCCGAGCUCCUAAGGCUACAGCAACGGCAUCAGAUGCAACUUCAGAGAAGUCAACGUGGCAUCAACCCGAUCUACUUGUCACCCCAGUUCCUCAGUUACAGGAAGAAGCAAGCAAAUAAGAGCAAGGAGGAAAAGUCGGACCAGAAAUGGCCCGAUGUCCUCGAGGAUGCGUUUCUUGACGCUCUGUUGCUUAUCCCACAGCAAAUGGGAAAGAGAAAGUACACGAUGCGUUCGAAGCUCUGGGGUCGGAACAUGUUGAUUGCUGAGUUCCUCUGGAUAGCGUAUUGUGCCAGCUUGCCGCCCGGAACCGAGCCGGACCCGAAGAUGAGGAGGAAGCGAAAACAGGUGUCGAGCCACAUCCAAGUGUUGAAGAACUUCUUUCUGAAUCAUCGAUGCUUCCACUUCUUCUUCCCUCGACAAGAGAAUAAAGAAGAGAAGAACAGACGACCCAAGGCUUGCAAGAAGCAGCCCUUGUCGGCGAGGGAACUCAAGGAAAUCGAGUCUUUCAAGAAAAACCCGGUGCUGAUUGCCUUGGCAGAGGGUCGUCUUCCCGACGAGCGGCCCAAUUACGAGUACUUUGCCCAGAUCCUUGCACUCAAUGACCAGAUUGCCAUCCGGCCCAAGCGAUGCUGGAUCUUCGUGUCACACCCCAACGUCACCGUCCGCGGUGACGGCACCGGAUACCUUCCUACCACGGGCGACAGGCUGGACAAGAGCGAAUACCCUCACCUUGAACGCAACUUGGAAAAGGAGAAAUGGGCCAAGGAAGAGCAGCAGAUCUUCAAGGGCUCGCUUCUGCACGAGUUCACAAAGGAAAUUCGCCAGGUAGAGUCCAGCACUGUCAGGGAAGUCAGCAGGGGGUGGGAGACCUCGUUUCCCGAACUCCAUGAGCGGCUUGAGGCCAUCAUCGCCGCCGAUAGUCGCUGCGAUUACUUGCACAUGAACGUCGCCGUGGAGCUCAAGGAGAAGCGAGGAUUUCCCAACCAGUCGGACUUUAACUCUUGGAUCGAGAUCAACAUUGAGCAACCACAGCUGCUCAGCCACCGAUGGAAGGUUGAGACGAAGCUGGUCCGUCCGGCCGAGUUGAGCUUUGUGAGCGAAAAGUCGCCGCCUCAAACAUACUAUGAGACGGGCGCUGAGAUCGCCAUCCAGUACCAGCACCUUCCCGGGUGCGACGGGCCCCGGAAUGUCGAUGGGCAUGAGUAUCAAUGCGAGUGCAUCUCAGCGCGCCGGUCACGCCGGGAGUGGGUGAUGGUGCCGUUCCCAGCGGACGCAUGGGCCCACACCCUCACCAAUGCCGCCGAGUAUCCUGCUCACCAGUUUACCGGUGUGCGGGGAGACAUCAACAAGAGGACGGCGGCAGCAGCAGCCACUUCCUUGAAAAGAGAAAGAGAAGAUUCCGAAGACAACGACGACACCGAAAGUACCACCAGUAGCACCCGCUCCAGCAUCGGCGGUGGCAGAGAUGCAGACGGCGGCCAGCAAACACAAAUGGAUCUAGUCCCCCAAAUCGCCAUGCUCCAAGAGAUCUGGUCCUGUCCACCUGGGUCUCCCCUCGAACAAGACGGCACUGGGGCCACAAGCCAUCACCGUCAGUCGCAGCAAUGGACCCGCCGUGCCGUGAUUCUCUGGACCUUCGAGACCAUCCACAGCCUCGACAACGACGGCAAGCUGCUCACCGCACAAACCGGAAAAACUAGCUGGCGCUUCCUGACCGUGCUCGACCCGACAAGUCCAUACCAUCAGCAAAAGGCACUGCUUAGUAGUUCCGACGCCGCUGCUGCUGGACAGAUCAUUGGGCCAAAUCGCCACACUGCCGCCGCUGGUAGGAAUGCUUCGCUGAGCAUCAACGCCCAGUAUCCCGGGACAUCUCAUGGCAUGGGGGUGGGGGCAACAGAAGCAUUUAUCCCGUCGCCCAUCUCCUCAUCAAUGGGGACCACGGCCGCUGGCAUGGGAGGUCGCGCUGGCGAUCUGAACCUGAUCAUGUCCCCUACGUCCAGCUACCAGCACCACCUUCAGCACGUGAACGCUAUGGGCGACAUAUAUAACGCCUCCGCCACCGCAUCUGCUGCCACAGCCUCUACUGCCUGGGCAGGUGGUACAGACACCCGGAGUUCCUUCUCCUCCGUAGGCUCCGGGGCUACGCACCUCAGUUCUGCGGCUGCGGCAUCAGGAUAUGAUGUACAGUUCCAGAUGAUGCUUGAGCAUAGCAUGAGGGGAGCUGGAGGAGGCGGACACGGAGGAGGACAAAGAUUGGGAAGCCACGGUGGCGCCAGCGCCCACUCGGGUUUGGAGACGCCUCCUCCUAGUGCUACGAUGAGUAACUCGUUUACUCAUAACUUUGAUGGCACAGGGGCUACGGCUGGUGGUGGUGGAAGUCAGCAGCACUACGGUCACAGUCAUCAACAUCAACAUCAACAUCCAGCCCACCACCAGGCUCAUACCGGUCUUUCACAUGCCGGUCAUCAUCAUGCCCAUCAUCCACCGCAGCCUUCACUGAAUGAUCUGGCUGCUGUGACGGAUCCGUUUUUGACCGCUACAUCUAAUAUCUAUGGCCCUUCCACAACAGCACCGCCAACCUGGGGGCCUGCUACUAGCGGGUUGGACCCAACCUGGUCAGCGGCGGCAUCAGCGGAUUUCACCGCUGCCAAUGCUAGCGGUGGUGGCACGCAGCAAUGGUCCAGGGCAUCAUCUCAGCACUUGCAUCCUCAGACUGCUGCUGCUGCUUCUCAUCACGGAAGUAAUCCCGUUUCAAGAGCGGGGUCCAUUGAUGGGCGGUACAGCCAUCAACUACAUCAGGCAUCUCAUCAACCUUCUCAUCAGCAGCAUCAGCAGCAUCAACAGCAGCAGCAGCAAUGGCAGCUUGGCGGCAAUCCCGGCGGCGAUGACCACGAUCUCUGGACCCCAGCCACGUCCACCAGUGCGGAGGUUCACUGGCCUGUGACCUCUGAUCAACAACAACAACAGCAAGACCAUCACCAGUCCCAAUCCCAGUCCCAGCAGCAGCAGCAUCAAUAUCAUCGAUCCAUCAGCUCAAACUCCCCCGAAGAAGGCCACCGCCUUUCCCAAGAGUGGGAUGAGAUCGUAGCUAGCGUGAAUGGAUCACAAGGUGCCGCGUUGGUGGUGGAGGAGGAGGUGCAGGUGCAUAUGGGGGGAGAUGACAACUACCACCAGCAUUCUCAGCCGCAGUCACUGAUGAGAGGAGUAAAGCGUACCCGAUCAGUUGCUGAUUUGGGGGAUGAUGAUGAUAAUGAUGAGGAUGACGAGGAAGGUGAAGGUGAUAGUAAGAAUGAUGACGAGGAGUAUGCGGACUAG